GCGGACGAGCUGCCGGCGCGCAAGCUGCGGCUGAGCGAGGAGAAGCAAUACUUCACGGUGAAUGAGGAGAACGGGAACCUGUACGUGAACGAGAGGCUGGACCGGGAGGAGAUGUGCGGCGAGUCGGAGACCUGCUCCGUCAGCUUCGAGGCGCUGGUGCACAACCCGCUGAACGUUUUCCACGUCGAAGUGUCCCUGGAGGACGUGAAUGACAACGCUCCGUCCUUCAGGAAGGCUGUUCUGGACCUCGAGAUUGGUGAAUGGACUCUUGCCGGUGCUCGUUUUCCUUUGGAGAUGGCCCGAGAUGCGGACGCAGGAAGCAACUCGCUGCUGUCUUACCAACUCACAAGCAACCCAUCUUUCAGUUUGGCCUUAAAAGAGAACCCAGGUGCAAGCAAGCAGCCAGAAUUAGUAUUGGAGGGAGUGUUGGACCGGGAGAAGCAGAGCUCGUUUGAAUUGGUGCUGACAGCCGUGGAUGGCGGGGAACCUUCAAGGUCUGGGACUAUCCAGGUUCGCAUCACCGUGGCAGACUUAAAUGACAACCCACCCGUGUUCAGCAAAACUCUAUACGAGGCGCGAGUGGCAGAGAAUCUGCCCGCGGGGUCUCUGGUGCUGCAAGUACGGGCUACGGAUGCAGAUGUAGGUUCCAAUGGGCAAGUCUCCUACUCAUUCGGUGACGUCCCUGACGACGUCCUUUUGUUGUUCAAUAUUGACAGCGACAGCGGUGAGGUCACAACGGCGGGUCCCCUCGAUUUUGAGGAGAAGAGUAAAUACAUCUUCGGUCUAGAGGCGAGGGACGGAGGCGGGCUCACCAGUCACUGCCAAGUGCAGAUUUACAUAAUGGACGAGAACGACAACGCGCCCGAGAUCACCAUUCUGUCUCUCUCGAGUCCCGUGCCAGAGGAUGCCCCGACAGGCACCGUGGUGGCCCUGCUGAAAGUGCGGGACAGAGACUCCGGCGAGAACGGUCAGGUGAUGUGCGAGCUGUCGGGAGAGGCGCCGCUGUCGAUCGCGGCGUCGUCAGGCGGCUCGUACAAGGUGGUGACAUCGGGCGCGCUGGACCGCGAGCAGGCGUCGGAGCAUCGCGUGACGGUGGUGGCCCGGGACCGGGGCAGGCCGGCGCUGUGGAGCAGCCGGGAGCUGGUGCUGGAGGUGUCGGACGUGAACGACAACGCGCCGGUGUUCGAGGAGGCGGCGUACAGCGCGUACGUGGCGGAGAACAACGCGGCGGGCGCGCUGGUGCUGCGCGUGCAGGCGCGGGACGCGGACGCGGGCGCCAACGGGCGCGUGAGCUACUGGCUGGCGGGCGGCAGCGCGGGCGCGGCGGGCGCGGCGCCGCUGGUGUCGGUGGAGGCGCGGAGCGGCGCGCUGUACGCGCAGCGCUCCUUGGACUACGAGCAGUGCCGCGAGUUCACGGUGGCCGUGCGGGCGCAGGACGGCGGCUCGCCGGCGCGCAGCUCCACGGCCACGGUGCGCGUCUUCGUGCUGGACCGCAACGACAACGCGCCCAGGGUGCUCUGGCCCGCGGCGGCGGCGGCGGGAGAGGCUGCGGGAGGGGCGGCGGCGCCGCCGGCUUUCGAGGUGGUUCCGCGCUCGGCCGAGGCCGGCUACCUGGUGGCCAAGGUGGUGGCGGUGGACGCGGACGCGGGGCGCAACGCGUGGCUGUCGUACGAGCUGGUGCAGGCGUCGGAGCCGGCGCUGUUCCGCGUGGGGCUGCACAGCGGCGAGGUGCGCACGGCGCGCGCCGUGGGCGAGCGGGACGCGGCCAAGCAGCGGCUGGUGGCCGUGGUCAAGGACCACGGGCAGCCGGCGCUGUCGGCCACGGCCACGCUGCACGUGGUGCUGGCCGAGAGCUUGCAGGAGGCGCUGCCGGAGCUGAGCGAGCGGCCGGCGGCCGCCGAGGCGGCGGCGGCGGCGGCCGAGCUGCAGUUCUACCUGGUGCUGGCGCUGGCGCUGCUGUCGGCGCUCUUGGUGCUGAGCGUGGCGCUGGCCGUGCUGGCGCGGCUGCGCCGGGCCGGGCCGCCCGCCGUGCUGCGCUGCCUGGGCGCGCAGCGCUUCUCGCUGGCCGGCGCCGCCUUCCCGGCCGACUUCUGCGAGGGCACCUUGCCCUACUCCUACAACCUGUGCGUGCCGCCGCCCGCCCGCGCCGUGCCCGAGGCCGCUUGGCCGCCGCCGCCGCCGGUGCCCGUCCUGUCGGCGGAGGAGCUUCUGGGCGGCGAUUCCUGCGACAAGCCGAGC